AGGUAUGUAGUAUGGGGCGUUCGAUGGCCGACGCUCGCUCAUUGCUCCAAUUGGAUAAUUGCUUGUUUGGGAGUCUGUAUGGACCGAGGACUGCAUUCACGUUGCAUGAGGUCCCGGACAAGAGUCGUAGCCAUGGAUCCAUGGAUCCAUCGAUGGGUAGGUGCGUAGAAUGUGCUGGCCCGUCUGUCUAUUCGAUGAACUUUGUCAAUUUGCUCAACUUGUAAGUCGUCUGGGCCGCUAUUCUCGCCGCUUCUGCGAAGCUACUUUACUGCCAUUUAUGCGGCCAUCCCAAUUGGGAAAAAGUGAGAGACGCUCUGUACAUAGGUCGGCUUUAUUGCCUUUGCCUUCUAUGUAUAUAUGUGCAUGUCUACUCCAUACAUGUAUCCGACUACUACUUACUUAUUGAGUAUGUACUAGUACCGACUGCUGUUGUACAGUGUUUC